GCGGUAAACAGUAGUAAAUAAAUAAUCCCUUUCGGUAAAAGCAUAGAAUAUACAUUCAUUGUUUUAAAAAUCGCGUAUAUGAUAUAGCAUUUGUUCUGAACGUGUUUCAUUAGUUAUUUAUAAUAUCGUCGUAUGAUUUGAGAAGCACGUGCUGCUAAAAUUUCAUUAAACUAUUUGAGAGAACAACCUUCAGAAUUUUCUGAUAGAAUAUUUGUUUAUUUACAACCCGGCAUAAAAAAUGUCUACUGUGAAGCCUGCUGAUUCUAAGAAAGAAGAGUUUCGGAAGUACCUCGAAAGGGCAGGUGUUAUGGAAGCGCUUACGAAGAUACUUGUAUCUUUAUAUGAAGAACCUGAAAAGCCUGAUGAUCCUUUAGAAUAUGUACGCCAAAGAAUUGGGGAUAUCACAGAAAAUGAUGUUGAAAUAGAUUCAUUAAGAAAUGAAUUGAUGGAAGCAAAAGCUAAGAUUGUCGAAUUGAAGGCAAAGUUGGUAAAGUAUGAACCAGAUGAAGAUGCAGAAUAAUUAAAUCAUGAAAUUUUUAAACAACUCAGAACUAGUCCCUGCUGGUUUCUGACUUCCGCAGGAAGUUCGACAAUUUAUGUGCCUUACAAUAGAGAUAGCAACCUUUUUGGAGAUACUUUAAGACAUAAGAUAAACUUAGUUCUGUUUUUUGCACAUUCCGUUAAUCAUAAAUCUAUUUUUAAUUUUAUUACCAAAAGUAUAACAGAUUGAUUCUGCGGAAAAUUUAAAUGUAUCUACAAAUAUGUAACAUAAACUUGUAAUGAAAGUACAAAAGGAUAUGGUAAAAUAGAAAGUAAUGGUUGAACUACAA